AUGAGGUGGCAGGGUGAUAAGAAGAAGAACUUGUCCUAUAUACGACAGAUGCAUGUAAGUCAGGCAGCAUACAGAGACUCACCUGCAGAUUCCAAGUAA